GAUGAAAUCCUUGAGAAUCAAAACCUACAUUAUAUAAACUUGCAGAAGAAACAAAGGCUUUGGAGAAAAAUGUUCUCCAGAUGUAAAAACAAUGUAUAAGCAAGAAUUUGAUGAUGUUCAGGGAAAGUGGAACAAACUAAAGGUCAAGGUUUCCAAAGAUCUUCAUUUGCUUGAAGAAAAUUACUCCCAAACUUGGAGCUUUGAGGCUGAUUUGAAAGUCAUUGAGAAGUGGAUGGAUGGUGUGAAAGACUUCUUAAUGAAAGAGCAGGCUGUCCAAGGAGAUGCUGAAGGGCUACAGCGUGAGCUUGACCAGUGCUCUGCCUUUGUUAAUGAAAUAGAAACAAUUGAAUCAUCUCUGAAAGACAUGAAGGAAAUAGAGGCCGACCUUCGAAGCUCUCCAGUUGCUGGAAUCAAAACUUGGAUACAGACAAAACUAGUUGACUGUCAAACCCAAGUGGAGAAAUUCAGCAAGGAGAUUGCUAUUCAAAAAACUAGGUUGUCUGAAAGUCAGGAAAAAGCAGUGAACCUGAAGAAAGACUUGGCAGAGAUGCAGGAAUGGAUGGCCCAGGCAGAAGAAGAAUACCUCGAGAGGGAUUUUGAGUACAAGUCACCAGAAGAGCUGGAGAGUGCAGUGGAAGAAAUGAAGAGGGCAAAAGAGGAUGUGUUGCAGAAGGAGGUGAGAGUGAAGAUCCUCAAGGACAAUAUCAAGUUACUAGCUGCAAAGGUGCCCUCUGGUGGCCAGGAACUGACAUCUGAGCUUAAAGUUGUGCUGGAGAAUUACCAACUUCUGUGUAACAGAAUUCGAGGAAAGUGCCACACGCUAGAGGAGGUAUGGUCUUGCUGGAUUGAACUGCUUCACUAUUUGGAUCUGGAGACCACUUGGCUGAGCACUUUGGAGGAGCGGAUGAAGAGCACAGAGGCACUGCCCGAGAAGACAGAUGCCGUCAAUGAAGCACUGGAGUCUCUGGAAUCUGUUUUGCGACAUCCAGCAGAUAAUCGCACUCAGAUUCGAGAACUUGGCCAGACUCUGAUUGAUGGAGGGAUUCUUGAUGAUAUAAUCAGUGAGAAACUGGAGGCUUUUAAUAGUCGAUAUGAAGAACUGAGUCACUUGGCAGAGAGCAAGCAGAUUUCCUUGGAAAAGCAACUCCAGGUCCUGCGGGAAACUGACCACAUGCUUCAGGUCUUGCAAGAGAGCUUAGGGGAGCUGGACCAACAGCUCACAACGUACUUGACUGACAGGAUAGAUGCCUUCCAGGUUCCUCAGGAAGCUCAGAAAAUCCAAGCAGAGAUCUCGGCCCAUGAGUUAACUCUGGAGGAGUUGAGAAAAAAUGCACGUUCCCAGCCUCCGACGUCCCCAGAAGGCAGGAACGCCAGGGGAGGAAGUCAGAUGGACGUGCUCCAGAGGAAACUUCGAGAGGUGUCCACAAAGUUCCAGCUUUUCCAGAAGCCUGCUAACUUUGAACAGCGCAUGCUUGAUUGCAAGCGUAUCCUGGAUUGUGUGAAAGCAGAGCUUCAUGUUCUGGAUGUGAAGAAUGUGGAUCCUGAUGUCAUACAGAACCAUCUGGACAAGUGUAUGAAACUCUAUAAAACUUUGAGUGAAGUCAAGCUUGAAGUGGAGACUGUAAUCAAAACAGGAAGACACAUUGUCCAGAAGCAACAAACUGACAACCCCAAGGGGAUGGAUGAGCAGUUGACUUCGCUGAAGAUUCUCUACAAUGACCUGGGUGCCCAGGUGACAGAGGGAAAACAGGAACUGGAAAGAGCAUCACAGUUGGCCCGGAAAAUGAAGAAAGAGGCUGCUUCUCUCUCUGAGUGGCUCUCUGUCACUGAAGCUGAGUUGGUACAGAAAUCCACUUCAGAAAGUUUGCUUGGCGACUUGGAUAUAGAAAUCUCCUGGGCUAAAAAUAUUCUGAAGGAUCUGGAAAAGAGAAAAGCUGAUUUAAGUGCCAUCACAGAGAGUAGUACUGCCCUCCAGAACUUGAUCGAGGGCAGUGAGCCUGUUUUAGAAGAGAGGCUUUGUGUCCUUAGGGCUGGGUGGAGCCGCGUCCGUACCUGGACAGAGGACUGGUGCAGUACGCUGAUGAAUCAUCAGAACCAAUUGGAAAUAUUUGAUGGAAAUGUUGCUCACAUAAGUACCUGGCUUUAUCAAGCUGAAGCUUUAUUGGAUGAGAUUGAAAAAAAACCAGCAAGCAAACGGGAAGAAAUUGUGAAGCGUUUAAUAUCUGAGCUGGAUGAUGCCAGCCUCCAAGUUGAAAAUGUUCGUGACCAAGCUGUUGUUUUGAUGAAUACACGUGGAGGCGCAAGCAGGGAACUUGUAGAACCCAAAUUAGCUGAACUGAAUAGAAACUUUGAAAAGGUUUCUCAACAUAUCAAAAGUGCCAAAUUGCUAAUUGGCCAGGAACCGUUAUCAUACCAGUGUCUGGUCACCACUGAAGCACAUGAAACUGAUGUACUUUUCGCUGACCUGGAAAAAUUAGAAAUUGACAUAGAAAAUAUGUUAAAAGUUGUGGAAAAACACAUGGAAUUCAGUGAUGAAGAUGAAAAGAUGGAUGAAGAGAGAGCCCAGGUUGAGGAAGUUCUACAAAGAGGAGAACAAAUGUUACAUGAACCUAUGGAGGAGAAUAAAAAGGAAAAGAUCCGUUUGCAGUUACUACUUUUGCGUACAAAGUACAAUAAAACUAAGGCAGUCCCUAAUCAACAGAGGAGAACAGGUCAGCUUGCUCCUGGAAUUCGAUCGCCCCCUCCUCCCACAGAUUAUCUGGUUGAAAUUAACAAAGUUUUACUUUCCAUGGAUGAUACUGAAUUAUUACUUAAUGCUCCAGAGCUAAACACUGUGGUCUAUGAAGACUUCUCUUUUCAGGAAGACUCUUUGAAGGUAAAGCUCCAGAAUAUCAAAGAUCAACUGGACAAACUCGGAGAACAGAUUGCCAUCAUUCAUGAAAAACAACCAGAUGUUAUUCUUGAAGCCUCUGGACCUGAAGCCAUUCAGAUCCGGGAUACACUUACUCAGUUGAAUGCAAAAUGGGACAGAAUUAAUAGAAUGUACAAUGAUCGUAAAGGUUAUUUUGAUAAGGUUAUGGAAGAAUGGAGACAGUUCCACUGUGACCUUAAUGACCUCACACAGUGGCUAACAGAGGCUGAAGAGUUACUGGCUGAAACCUUUGCUCCCGAUGGUGGCCUGGACUUGGAGAAAGCCAGGAUGCACCAGCAGGAACUCGAAGAGGGAAUCAGCAGCCACCAGCCCAGUUUUGCAGCCCUAAACAGAACUGGGGAUGGGAUUGUACAGAAACUCUCCCCCACAGAUGGAAGCUUCUUGAAAGACAAGCUGGCAGGUUUAAACCAGCGCUGGAGUGUGAUCUUUGCGGAAGUGAAGGACCGGCGGCCAAGGCUAAAAGGAGUGAGUAAGCAGGUGAUGGAAUAUAGAAAAAGACUAGAUGAUAUUAUCUGUUGGUUAUCAAAGACUGAGAGUGCUGUGCAAAAGAGAUCAACUACUGAGCUGGAAGAAAACCUGCAAGAAUUAACAGACUUAACCCGGGAGAUGGACGUCCAAGCUGAAAAACUCAAAUGGCUGAAUAGAACUGAGUUGGAAGUGCUUUCAGAUAAAAGUCUGAGCUCACAUGAAAGACAAAAAAUUUCAGAAAGCUUAAGAACUGUAAAUUCAACGUGGAAUAAGAUAUGCAGAGAAGUGCCUACCACAUUGAAGGAACGCAUCCAGGAACCCAGUUCUGUGUCUCAGACAAGAAUGGCUGCUCAUCCUAAUGUCCAAAAGGUGGUGCUAGAAUCAUCUGCGUCCGAUAUUCCUGUUCUGUCUCCUCGUACUUCGGAAAUUUCAAUUCCUGCUGAUCUGGAUAAAACCAUAACAGAACUAGCUGACUGGCUGGUCCUGAUCGACCAGAUGUUGAAAUCCAACAUUGUCACUGUCGGGGAUGUAGAAGAGAUCAAUAAGACAGUUUCCCGAAUGAAAAUCACGAAGGAUGACUUAGAGCAACGCCAUCCUCAGCUUGAUUGUGUUUUUACAUUGGCACAGAAUUUGAAAAAUAAAGCUUCUAGUUCAGAUGUGAGAACAGCAAUCACAGAAAAAUUGGAAAAGGUCAAGAACCAGUGGGAUAGCACUCAGCAUGGUGUCGAGUUAAGACAGCAGCAGCUGGAGGACAUGAUUAUCGACAGUCUUCAGUGGGAUGAUCACAGAGAAGAAACCGAGGAGCUCAUGAGAAAAUAUGAGGCUCGACUCUACAUUCUCCAACAAGCUCGAAGGGAUCCACUCAUCAAGCAAAUUUCUGAUAAUCAAAUAUUGCUUCAAGAACUGGAUCCUGGCGAUGGUAUUGUAAUGGCGUUCGAUAAUGUCCUGCAGAAGCUGCUGGAGGAAUAUGGUAGUGAUGACACCAGGAAUGUGAAGGAAACCACCGAGUACUUAAAAACAUCAUGGAUCAACCUCAAACAAAGCGUUGGUGACAGACAGAGCGCCUUGGAAGCUGAACUGAGGACAGUGCAGGCCUCUCGUAGGGAUCUGGAGAACUUCCUGAAGUGGAUACAAGAAGCAGAGACCACAGUGAACGUGCUUGCAGAUGCCUCUCAGCGGGAGAAUGCUCUUCAGGACAGCGGCUUGGCCAGGGAGCUCGCACAGCAGAUGCAGGACAUCCAGGCAGAAAUUGAUGCACAUAAUGACAUAUUUAAAAGCAUUGAUGGAAACAGGCAGAAGAUGGUAAAAGCUUUGGGAAAUUCUGAAGAGGCUACAAUGCUUCAACAUCGACUAGAUGAUAUGAACCAAAGAUGGAAUGACUUGAAAGCAAAAUCUGCCAGCAUCAGGGCCCACUUGGAGGCCAGUGCUGAGAAAUGGAACAGGUUGCUGACAUCUUUAGAAGAAUUGAUCAAAUGGCUGAAUAUUAAAGACGAAGAGCUUCAAAAGCAAAUGCCGAUUGGAGGGGAUGUUCCAGCCUUACAGCUCCAGUAUGAUCAUUGUAAAGCCCUGAGACGUGAGUUAAAGGAGAAAGAGUAUUCUGUCCUGAACGCAAUAGACCAAGCUCGAGUUUUCCUGGCUGAUCAGCCAAUUGAGGCCCCUGAAGAACCAAGAAGAAACCUACAAUCAAAAACAGAAUUGACUCCUGAGGAGAGGGCCCAAAAGAUUGCCAAGGCCAUGCGCAAACAGUCCUCUGAAGUCAAAGAGAAGUGGGAAAGUCUAAACGCUGUCACUAGCAAUUGGCAAAAGCAAGUAGACAAGGCAUUGGAGAAGCUCAGAGAUCUGCAGGGCGCCAUGGAUGACCUAGACGUUGACAUGAAGGAGGUGGAGGCCGUACGGAAUGGCUGGAAGCCCGUGGGCGACUUACUCAUCGACUCACUGCAGGAUCACAUUGAAAAAACCAUGGCAUUUAGAGAAGAAAUUGCACCAAUCAACUUAAAAGUUCAAACAGUGAAUGAUUUAUCCAGUCAGCUGUCGCCACUUGACCUACAUCCAUCUUUAAAGAUGUCUCGCCAGCUAGAUGACCUUAAUAUGCGAUGGAAACUUUUGCAGGUUUCUGUGGAUGAUCGCCUUAAACAGCUUCAGGAAGCCCAUAGAGAUUUUGGGCCAUCAUCUCAGCAUUUUCUUUCUACUUCGGUCCAGCUGCCGUGGCAAAGAUCCAUUUCACAUAAUAAAGUGCCCUAUUACAUCAACCAUCAAACACAGACAACCUGUUGGGAUCAUCCUAAAAUGACUGAACUCUUCCAGUCCCUUGCUGACCUGAAUAAUGUACGUUUCUCUGCCUACCGUACAGCCAUCAAAAUCCGAAGACUACAAAAAGCUCUAUGUUUGGAUCUCUUAGAGUUGAAUACAACAAAUGAAGUUUUCAAACAGCACAAACUGAACCAGAAUGAUCAGCUUCUUAGUGUUCCAGACGUCAUCAACUGUCUGACAACAACUUAUGAUGGCCUUGAACAAAUGCAUAAGGAUCUGGUCAAUGUUCCUCUCUGUGUGGAUAUGUGUCUAAACUGGUUGCUCAACGUAUAUGACACGGGUCGAACUGGAAAAAUAAGAGUGCAGAGUCUGAAGAUUGGAUUGAUGUCUCUCUCCAAAGGUCUCUUAGAAGAAAAAUACAGAUAUCUCUUUAAGGAAGUGGCGGGACCAACAGAAAUGUGUGACCAGAGGCAGCUUGGCCUGUUACUUCAUGAUGCCAUCCAGAUCCCUCGUCAGCUGGGCGAAGUAGCAGCUUUUGGGGGCAGUAAUAUCGAACCCAGUGUCCGCAGCUGCUUCCAACAGAAUAACAACAAGCCAGAGAUAAGUGUGAAAGAGUUUAUAGAUUGGAUGCGUCUGGAGCCACAGUCCAUGGUUUGGCUACCGGUUUUACAUCGAGUGGCAGCGGCCGAAACCGCAAAACAUCAGGCCAAAUGCAACAUCUGUAAAGAAUGUCCAAUUGUUGGGUUCAGGUAUAGAAGCCUCAAGCAUUUUAACUAUGAUGUCUGCCAGAGUUGCUUUUUUUCUGGUCGAACAGCAAAAGGUCACAAAUUACAUUACCCAAUGGUGGAAUAUUGUAUACCUACAACAUCUGGGGAAGAUGUACGAGACUUCACAAAGGUGCUGAAGAAUAAGUUCAGAUCAAAGAAAUACUUUGCCAAACAUCCUCGGCUUGGCUACCUGCCUGUCCAGACAGUGCUUGAGGGUGACAACUUAGAGACUCCUGUGACACUCAUCAGCAUGUGGCCAGAGCACUAUGACCCCUCACAGUCUCCUCAGCUGUUUCAUGAUGACACCCAUUCCAGAAUAGAACAGUAUGCCACACGCCUGGCCCAGAUGGAAAGGACUAAUGGGUCUUUCCUCACUGAUAGCAGCUCUACCACAGGAAGUGUGGAGGACGAGCAUGCCCUCAUCCAGCAGUACUGUCAGACGCUCGGAGGGGAGUCCCCGGUCAGCCAGCCCCAGAGCCCAGCUCAGAUCCUGAAGUCGGUAGAAAGGGAAGAACGCGGAGAACUGGAGCGGAUCAUUGCCGACCUGGAGGAAGAACAGAGAAACCUGCAGGUGGAAUAUGAGCAGCUGAAGGAGCAGCACCUGAGAAGGGGUCUCCCUGUCGGGUCACCUCCAGACUCUGUCGUGUCUCCUCACCACACAUCUGAGGACUCAGAACUUAUAGCAGAAGCAAAACUCCUCAGGCAGCACAAAGGUCGUCUGGAGGCCAGGAUGCAGAUUUUAGAAGAUCACAAUAAGCAGCUGGAGUCUCAGCUCCACCGCCUUCGACAGCUGCUGGAGCAGCCGGAAUCUGAUUCCCGAAUCAACGGUGUCUCCUCCUGGCCUUCACCUCAGCAGGCUGCACUGACCUACUCGCUGGAUCCAGACCCUGGCCCACAGUUCCACCAAGCAGCGGCGGAGGACCUGCUGGCCCCCCCCCACGACACCAGCACGGACCUCACGGAGUUUAUGGAGCAGAUCAACAGUACAUUUCCAUCUUGCUGCCCCAAUCUCCCCAGCAAACCACAGGCAAUGUGAAGUAUUCAUCUAGCCAGUCAACAUUUCCUGACUUAACAGUGUUGCCCUUUUCAGCAAAUGCCAAUUCCGAGUUCCAUUUAAUCAGAAGCUCCAUGGCUCCUUGAAACAUGCUGUUGAGCGCUGACUGUGUGUUCUACUGAAGGAGUAAAACACUGACUAUCCAAAGAGAAAGGAUAUUUUGUUUUUAUAAUAAUCAUAUAUUAUUGGUUUUUUUUGUUCUUCCCUUUCUAUGCAACUGUAAAUUAAUGAACAGAGUGGUAUUUGGAAAUGGUAUUACAUUUGUCACUGAUUUGUAUACUGUAUACAGCAUUGGGAAAGUGGGUGGGGGCUUUCUAAUAUGAUACCUUCUUGUUAUUAACCAUAACAAAAAUUGCAUAAGAAUUAGAAAACAGUGUUACAUUUUUACAUUCCUUUAUAUUAACCUUGUACAAUAACUUCGUUUAUUUCUUCUGCUCUUUUACCAUUAUGUUUUGGUUAUUUAUAAUUCACCAGCCACAUGACCACAUAGAUUUCCUGUAUUCAUUUCCAUGAUUUGGCCAAAUUAAUAAGUCAUAUAUUUCAAUUAAAUAUUUAUGUAUAUGAAUUAGGCUACAUCUCUUACAUACCACUUAACUUUAUUUGACAUCAUACUUAGUGACCACUUGGAAAACCACAGUAAAAGUCCUGUGGGCCUAACUGGCAUUCCUACUGGGAUUUGUUUCCAGCAUUUUAUUUCCCCGCUCCAUGUAAUAAGUAGAUCUUGAUUUCUUUAUUUAUUUCAUGUCCCAGUAUAUAUGAUAGAGGAGACUUAGAACAGCAUUAUAAUAAUCUCAAAGAUCAUUUUUACCAAAGGUUGCUCAUUUAAGUAUAUUCUCAUUUGGACACAGAAAGAGAACAUGGGAUAACAUUUCCUUAGUUGCUAAGUCUUGAUUUUCACCAUUAAAUACACAACAGACCUUUACUUAAUCGUGCUACCGGAACACAUCUUUGUCUCGAAUUCCCUUUGAAGAGAAUUUUAUUUUGUUUAUGUAUACUCAAGCCAUUUGUAAUUCUUGAAACUCCCAGUUCUUUUCUUCCUGACAGCAGACAAAUUCAAUGCCUGUUUCAUUUUACCUUUUGGAUGAAUGAUUACAUCUUUUAUUACUUUUCAUUUGAUCAGUAUAUUUGGAAAGGAUGUUUAUCAAAAGCCCGUGUCACUGCUUCCAUAGAGGAAUAAAAUUAUGCCUAGAUGAUGGUACCCCUGCCUUUGAGUCAAUGCUGUUAGGUAUUUGGUUUGGCUUCUGAUUUAACAUUUAACUGAUUCAGUUGAAACGUGUUAUGUAAUUACCAAAUGUAGAGAAACCAAAAAAGAAAGAAAGAAAGAAAGAAAGAAAGAAAGAAAGAAAGAAAGAAAGAAAGAAAGAAAGAGAAAAUCACGUGUUUUGAUUCAAGCAUAUGUGUAUUUAAAACAUCAGGACAUUUUAACUUUGGGUUCUCUUGAACUGGGAUUUGGCCAGAAGGAGGCUUAAAGUUAGAAAUUGCUAUUCUUUUAGAAUAGGUUGGGUGGGUUGGGGGGCAAGGGUGUCUAUUUGCAGCAUAGAUAUUUUGAGAAGAAAAUUGUUUUAUAUAAGAGGAAAGCCAUGACCACCUUUCUACCUCAGAUGCAUCUUCAUCCAUUGUGUUGGAAAUAGCUUUAUGCCGCUGCAGUCUGCAAAAUCUAGAGCUUUUAUCAGGCCACAUCAAACCCAAGAAAAGCACCUAUUUAAAGAAAAAAACUUUCCCUGAACUCUGAACCCAAGUUGUAGAUUUGGUGUCUUCCUUGUUCUUACUUUGAAAAGUUACGUAUUAAUUUUUUUCUGCUUGUAAUUGUGUGCAACAUGUCUUCUAUCUGCUAUUAAGGAAAAGCUACAUAAAACACUACAUUGUAACCUUCUAAGUAAUAAUAAAUAAAAAUAUAUAUAUAUCACAGUAACAACAAGGGGAAAUAAGUAUGUAGUUCUUUUGAAAUAUGUGGUAAAGAACUAAUCAUAGACUAUCAUCUAAUCUGAUUACAUGUUGUAUUUUUCAUCCUGAAUAAAAGUAAUUUUAACACAAGA